ACGCAAGAUAAACCUCACAUCCUCAUCGAGUUCUCACUUUCCUUUGAGCAACAGCGGCUAUGGCUUCCAUUCAAGCCCUGGUCGCUUCCUUCUUCCUAGUUUUUGCUGUAUCUGCAACAGCUCUCCCUACGCAGGUGUACCCGUUGUCUUCGCCAUCGUCCCUCAGCGUCGGAUUCUACAAAUAUACAUGCCCUCCUGCCGAAGCCAUCGUCAGAGCCACUCUUUAUGAGGCCUUUUCCAGUGAUCCGGGGUUGGCUGCUGAUUUCCUCCGGAUGUAUUUCCACGACUGCUUCGUGAGGGGCUGUGAUGCAUCCAUCCUCCUAAAUUCAACCAAGGGAAACACUGCCGAAAAAGAUAGCCCCGUGAACAACCCUAGUUUAGAAGGUUUCGAUGUCAUCGACCAAGCGAAAGCCCGGCUAGAAGCCGCAUGCCCGCGAACUGUCUCGUGCGCCGACAUCAUCGCAUUUGCGGCCCGAGACAGCGUCUUCAAGGCUGGCCGUAUCUACUACGAUGUCCCCUCGGGCCGUCGUGAUGGUCGCAUCUCCCGCGCCUCCGAGGUGAUCCAGAACCUCCCUCCCCCGACCUUCACUGUGCCGCAACUCAUUGCCAACUUCGCGAGAAAAGGGUUCUCAAUGGACGAGAUGGUGACCCUCUCGGGAGCACACUCCAUCGGCAGCUCUCACUGCUCGUCCUUCUCGAACCGUCUGUACUCGUUCAACGCGACGCACAAGCAAGACCCGUUGUUGGACCCUAAGUACGCGGCCUUCUUGAAGACCAAGUGCCCCCAGGGCAAUUCCAAGACGGACCCGAAGGUGGCGCUCGACAGCAUCACGCCAAACACUCUGGACAACAAGUACUACCAACAGCUACUGACUUACCGUGGGUUGUUCUCUUCCGAUGAGGCGCUGUACACUAGCAAGUUGACGAAAGGGAUGGUGUUGAACAACGCAAAAUACGGCCGCGUGUGGGGGCUUAAGUUCGUGAAGGCAAUGGUGAAGCUGGGCUCGCUCGACGUGCUCACUGGUCAACAGGGCGAAAUUAGGAAAGUUUGCGGCGCCGUGAAUUGAGCGUACUCACCAUGCUGAUGCGUUGCUUUGUGCUUUUCUUCGGCAGAAAUGGAUCAGCAGUUGUUCUUCAUUCUCUAUGCAUUUUUUUGUUUCGAUUCUUUCAGUUGUCUUUGAGGUUUGGCAAACUUGUGUAGCUUAUUUGUGAUGUUUCUUUUCCAGUUCGGUUUGAAUUUGUGAUGCAUGGUGCAUCCGAAUGAUGCAAAUGCUUGAGUGAAUCCAAAAAAUGGAGUGGAGGAAUUUGAUUUGAAAGGUGGUCCGUGUAGAUCAUUUAUUUUAUUUUCUUGGCAUGAUGGAAUUGGAAA